UCUUCAUUCUCCGUGUAUGUCAGUAGUUAAAUGACAUAAGUAAUUUUUUUUCAACAUAAAAAUAUAUUUGAACUAUAUAAAUCAAAAUGCGUUAUUCAGCUUUGUUAUUAUUUAUAACAUUUGAACUUGCUUUGUUUCUCUAUGAGGCUGAAGGAAGAAGAAAAAUUUUGAGAGGUAGAAAAACCAUAACAAGAACAUAUAAUAAAACUUUGGGCAUACCAGCUUGGUUUUCAGUCACUCUCAUUGCAUUUGGAAUAUUAGCAGUCUCUGGUUUAAUAUUUGCUGCUCUUCAGAAAAUUAUUAUAAUUAACAACCAACCCCCACAAUCAUCAUCAGCAAAUGUACCAUUAACAUCAUGAACAACAUUUAUUUUAUUUAAGAGAUGUAUUUAAUCAAAUAAAUAACAAAGUAUAAUAGUUUUUUAAUUGAAUACUAAACAAGUUUUUUCAUUGUUUUAUUAAGGAAUAAAUUUCUUAGUGUGUGAUACUUAAUAGACAAAAUUAUAACAGACGUAUUUGUACAGAGAAAAACAAAUUCAUAGUUAACUUUGCUAUAUUAUAUUCAUAUGUAGUAACUAAAAAGUACAAAUAAUUUAUUCACGGUUUUUGGACUUCUUCAUACAAAUAUUUUAAAGAAUUGGCAGUUCCAAUGGCAGUGCCAAUGCACACAAUACCAAACCACAGACGAUCUGUAACUCCUUUUUUUAAAUAUACUGGCACACCAUCAGGUUGUUGAAAGUGUUUUUGCCAUUUUUUCAAUUCUGCUAACCGUGUGUCGUUUUGCAAACAACGACUAUUGUGAAUACUUCUAAUAAUCAUUUUUGAUGUACUUGAAGUAAUACGUCCUGACAUUUUUAUUCUGUAAAAUCAUAA